AUGAGCACAAACAACAAACGGCGUGGAGCUAGCGGUUCCAGUUGUUCUGUCCCCGGGGUGCCAGCCCUUGUGAACGCCCCGACCGCCAUGUCCGCUGAUUUAGCAUCCCUGUUCGAGUGCCCUGUGUGUUUCGAAUAUGUACUCCCACCUAUUCUACAGUGCCAGAGCGGGCACUUGGUGUGCUCGAGCUGCCGUCCAAAGCUGUCGUGCUGUCCGACAUGCCGUGGCCCGCUCGGCAACAUCCGCAACCUGGCUAUGGAGAAAGUUGCUAGCAAUGUCAUGUUCCCUUGUAAACACUCCAAUACUGGUUGUACAGUUACUCUCGUCCACACGGAGAAGGCAGAGCAUGAAGAAGCUUGUGAGUUCAGGCCUUACUCAUGCCCCUGUCCUGGCGCAUCUUGCAAGUGGCAGGGAGGCCUUGAUCAAGUUAUGCCACACCUCAUGAUGUCACAUAAAAGUAUUACUACUCUUCAAGGUGAAGAUAUAGUUUUCCUUGCAACAGAUAUAAAUCUUCCUGGGGCUGUAGAUUGGGUUAUGAUGCAGUCUUGUUUUAAUCAUCAUUUUAUGUUAGUUCUUGAAAAACAAGAGAAAUAUGAUGGACAUCAACAAUUUUUUGCCAUAGUGCAACUUAUAGGAUCUCGUAAGGAAGCAGAGAACUUUGCCUACAGGCUCGAGUUGAAUGGUCACCGCCGACGACUGACAUGGGAGGCAAUGCCACGAUCAAUUCACGAAGGAGUGUCAUCUGCCAUUAUGAACUCAGAUUGUCUUGUGUUUGACACAUCACUCGCACAACUAUUUGCAGAUAAUGGAAACCUCGGAAUCAAUGUCACAAUAUACCUGCCAAAUUAA